CUGAGUGAGUGAGUGACAGACUGGUGUACAACUCAGUACACCCCCAGACACCCCUUCACAGGGCAAUCGGAGACAGACGUCAUCACUCAUCACCACUGGAUUCUUUUUUACUGUACUGAUUUUUACGUUACUAUAUAUAUAUAUAUAUAUAUAUAUUUUUUUUUUUUUUUUAAGUGAAAUUUUGCAUAUACUUUUUAAAAUGUUUUUGAGAACUAUGGAGUGUGCAAGUCUGCUGGUUUUGGUAAUCCUGAGCUGUGCUACACUGCUGGUGGAGAGUAGCUGCCCGCUGGCGUGCUCCUGCCCCCCCUCGCCACCCUCCUGCCCCCCGGGGGUCAGCCUGGUCCUGGACUCAUGUGGCUGCUGCAGGGUGUGCGCCCGACAGUUCAAUGAGGACUGCAGUGUGACCCAGCCCUGCGACCACAUCAAGGGGCUUCACUGUGACUUCGGAGCGGGGAGUGGAGCUCACAGGGGGCUCUGCAGAGCGAAGGCAGACGGCCGCCCCUGCGAGUUUAACGGCCGGGUCUACCAGCACGGGGAGGACUUCCAGCCCAACUGCAAGCACCAGUGCAGCUGCAUGGACGGGGUGGUGGGCUGCAUGCCCCUGUGCCCCCAGGAGGUGCCGCUGCCGGUCUGGGACUGCCCCAACCCGCGGCUGGUCAAGGUGCCGGGUCACUGCUGUGAAGAGUGGUUCUGUGACGACAGCAACCACAUCCGCGAGGACUCCGGAGACAGCCAGGGGUCACCAGAGCCAGAGCCAGAGCUGCUCACCAGCAACGAGCUGCUGGCAGCCCCGCAGGGCAACACAGCAUACCCGGACUGGAAUUCUCCUCCCCAGUCCCGCAUGCCGGCCAUCUCCAGAUGCCUGGUCCAGACCACCGAUUGGUCGGGCUGCUCCAGAACAUGCGGGAUGGGAAUCUCGAGCCGCAUCACCAACACCAACCCAGCGUGCCGCCUGACUCGAGAAACGCGCCUGUGCCAGAUCAGAGCCUGUGAGCUCCCGCUCACCCCCAGCCUCAAGAAGGGUAAGAAGUGCCAGAAGACGGUGCGUCCGCGGGAAGCCGUGCAGAUCUCCUUCGCGGGCUGUGCCACGUCUCGCUGGUACCGGCCCCGCUCCUGCGGCUCCUGCUCGGACGGGCGCUGCUGCUCCCCCUCCCUGACCCACACGGCGAGUCUGCGCUUCCACUGCCCCGACGGAGAGAGCUUCACGCGCAGCGUCAUGGUGAUCCAGCGCUGUCGCUGCCGACCCGACUGCGACCGCCACAGCCAGGCCAGCUCCCUGCCUUCCUUCAGCCUCCACAACGACAUCCACACCUUCACCCAGUGAGGCAGGGGGGCUCUGCGUCCGAAGCCUUCCUUCGGCUAAAAUCAACCGUUCCCAUCCCUCCUACAGUCCUGCAGAUUUCACGUACCCGGAAGGGGCAGGGGACCAUUGUCUUCAUCACGGAAGACGAAUGAAUGACUUUCAAAGAAGAAGCUACCUCUUUUAAAAGAGGACUAGAAGACUUUUUUUUUGCAAGGGCAGGUCUUUGCCCUAACAGCUUUCCAGGAGAGAAGUGGCGACCCCCCCAGAGAAAAUACUGGGGCAGAUAUCUCUUGACCUUAAAGUCCCAGCAACACAUCUGUCGGGGAAGUACUUAACAUUUCCAUUCAGAAGGGAAUCCCCACCCUGCAAAUCUACCGGUCAAAAACCCCUAAACCUGGCAGCGAGAGCUCACAAGUCUCACUGUUUCCAGAUGCCAAAUAAAGGCAACAAUCCUCAUCUCAGGACCGACAAUUGACGCAGUUUCCUACACCUGUUGGAUAAAAACAAGGUCAAAGGAAACUGAUAACUCUUCCUGGAGAUAACUUUCCUCUAACUUGGGAAUGGAAGAACCCUCGAAUCUGGCACAGCAAAGUGUUUGUCUUUGUUGACUGGGUUACGGUCGUAAAGACGAUGGCCACCUGGGUUAAAAUGAGCUUACUGUACAUUAAACAACCACAAGGACUCAGCGUUUAAAGGUUAGCUGGCUUUUCCAGUCCCCGUUUCCUGGCGUAGGUGAUGUGGCUCCGGAUUGGCUCUCAAGUUUGCCAGGACCGGGACAAUACAACAGACGAAGGUUCCUGAUUGGAUCCUAAUUUAGAAUGACUGAACGGUUUACUGAUUGGUUUAGCAGACACGAUCAAACUCGAUGCAUUCCAGAAAAGUUUGAAAAGCUUGCGUAUUACUGAAGCAAUUUGCUCUACAAAUCUUUGUCUUGCUAUUUUCAAUGAAGGUAGGGCUAGUUUUCUACUGAACAACUCCACAUUAUUCCAGGGGGGCUCCUGCCUUAAAGGAUGGGAUAUUUAAAAUUCAGCAAUGUUAACGAGCAGACAUCUGAAUGCAUGCAAGCUUGUGAGCGUGUGUGUGCGUGAGUGUGUAUAUAUGUGUGUGCGUGUGUACAGACUUCACACUGGUGGAGUGACUCUGUGUGUGCGUGUGCGUGUGCGUGUGUACAGACUUCACACUGGUGGAGUGACUCUGUGUGUGUGUACAGACUUCACGGUGGUGGAGCGACUCUGUGUGUGUGUGUGUGUGUGUGCGUGUGUACAGACUUCACGCUGGUGGAGUGACUCUGUGUGUGCGUGUGCGUGUGCGUGUGCGUGUGUACAGACUUCACGCUGGUGGAGUGAUGUAUUUAGACACCGCUUCGUUCUUGAGGCGAGCUCAGCGGCCUGUUUGAGGCUCUCUCGUAUUGUAAAGACGAUUUUAUUUGUAUAUUUAAGACUUCUAUUUUGUUAAUAUAUUUCCUGAAUGUCUGUCAGUAUUAAUAAAAGUUUUUAUAUAUAGAAA